CUCUGAUGACUAUAUUUGGUGUUGUCUGUGCCAUUGCUGUCACAUCCUCCAAACCUGUCAGUCUGUAUGGAUCACAGUGGACGGCUAUGAUGACAGGAAACAUAGUAACUUCCUCAUCCGAGUCCAACGAGUCCAACUCUUCCUCAGAGGAGACUGAAGGUGGAACUCCCCUUCCUUUAACCACCCUCCCACCAAUCAGAGACGAGGCCCUCCCACCAAUCAGAGACGAGACCUGCUCACCAGACGGUCAGGAAGAACUGGACUCUUCAGACAGGGAAGGUGAACUGCCCUCGUCCAAUGAGGUCUCCCAAACCACAUUCGAUUCUGACCCCUCAGUCUUGCCAGACAGUGACGCUUCGCAGACCUCGACUGAUAUCGGGGAAUCGAACGAACCCCCACAAACAUCAGUUGGCACAGACGAGCCCCAGACAUUCGAUGGGGAUGGUUCUCUUCUUCCCACUCUCUCACCACUUCCAGAGACGAAUGUUUUACAAGACCCAGCUCUCACGGACGCCCAGUUUCCCCUCAUUCUCGAUGGCAUAGCAGUAACAGUUCUAUCCACAAUCAGCUCCACAAAACACCAGGGACUCCCUGUGGACCUCACUCCUCCUCCAGCCCCUGUCAUCCUCAAACCAAGGCCUCUGCCCGUGUCUGCUGUGCCUUUCCAGCCUCUUCCUGCAGGGCCCACAGAGGCUCCCACUGAGGCUCCAUCUUGUUUCAUUGUGGACAUCACUACCCCUGUGCCCGGCCCUGCCAGAGGGGACAGCAUUUAAGACCGAACUGGCACCUUACGUGAUACCGAAUACAUGUAACUACAGUUCAUUGCAUUGUUUCCAAACUUAAUUGAUAUGGUUUCUUUAUGCUGUGCAUAUUGUUAAAUGGAGUUGACACACCAGAAGGUACUUUGAGAAAAGGUCUAGACUGUAUUGAUUGGUCAAUGCUUGAUUUUAUUAGCUGUUUUAUCAUGGAUGGUUAAAAAGCUGCACUAUUUCUCCAAUAGUAAUAGCCAAAUUUACUUCACACCAAAUACUGGUUUUACUUUGAGAUUUUUGU